CCACAGCGCCACAAUCCAAGUUGCCGUGGAGUGGCACAUGGCGCGACGCGGUGAGGCGGCCGGAUCUCGAGCGCCGAUUGAGACACCCCUAUUCUGAUGGUGUAGAUCCCGACGCAUACGCGCGCACGUCGAGCAUUGGCGAGGAUACGAUCCUCCCUGUGCCGGAGGAAGUUCCGGCCUCUCGGCCGCGCGGCCGCAAUCGCGUGGUUCUCAUUGGCGUCAUCGCUGCGGUGCUCAUCGCAGGUGGCGUCACGGCAGCAUUCGUGAUCGGCAAAGGCUCUUCAUCAUCGUCGAACAACUCAUCCAGCAGCGACAGUUCAAAUACUGCCACACCAUCGCAAACUAGUUCCGGUGGUGGCAGUUCGGGCAAUGGCACCACCAUCAGCUCGACCCCAACCUCAGUCAAGAGCAACCCCGAAACAGAUCCUGUCGUCAUGACCAUGUUGGCCAUCGGGGAUUGGGGCAGCACAACGGGUCGCGGUAGCGACGGCACCAACCCCGGUUCGUGUUGCGUGCUGUACAAGUCGGACCCAAACAAAGGGAAGCUGGACACAAGCUUACCUCGUUCCAAGGUGGAUUUUCGAGCGCAGGAAGCCGUCGGGAUCCUCAUGGGCAUCUCGGCCGCGGCUUUAAAACCGAGUCGCAUCUUGAGCCAUGGCGACAAUAUUUACUGGAACGGCGUGGGCAUGGACGAUCGAGAUUACCGCAUGGCGGAAACGUUUGAGAAGAUGUAUGGAGCACCGUCGUUGGAGAACGUGCCGUGGCUCAACGUGGCUGGGAACCACGACAUUGGCGGGUCGGCGUUCAUUUGCGGCGACUCGGAUACGACGUUCCGCAAGUGCACGAGCACGGCGGAAAUGCUCAAGUAUCUCGACGCCAAGUUCGACCUCCAAGCCGGCUACGUUUCGCCAAGAGGCGACCGAUGGAUCAUGAAAGGGCACUAUUACGUGCAUCGCGUCACGAAGAACGGCGUGACAGUUGACAUUUUCAAUCUCGACACGAACGAAGCGACGACGCACGGCGCCCAGCAAGUGUGCUGCCAGUGCUUUGGCUACGGUGGAAGCGAUGACGAGUGCGACAACAUCAGUCCAGGCAGCCCGUUGUGCGCCGGUGGCAACGUCGACAUGUACAAGGCGUGCAUGGAUCGAAUCCAGUCGUGGGCCGACGUGUCGUACGAAGGAGCAAAGAAGGACCUGGCGGCGUCGACGGCCGACUUCAAGAUCAUCAACACCCACUACUCGCCGCACUAUCACAUGGACCCCACGCGGAUGAAAAAGUGGUUCGACCUGACCAAACAAUUCAACGUGCACGCGUGGUUUAACGGGCACACCCACGGAUUCAACCACGACAUCACCGCUUGGAAUACGCACUUUUUUCAAAACGGCGCCGGGGGUGGCAUCGUCAGCGAGAGCUCGGGCUCGGUCCAGAACGUUGCCGGGAUCAAGUCGCAAUGGGUGGCGAGCGGCCACCCGUACGGGUUUAUGGAGCUCAGCUUCACCAAGGAGUGGCUCAAAGUCGAGUUUGUCAGUUUUGACAACGCGUGGCAGUUCAAUGGAUUUGCUUCCCGCGACAUCGUCCCGGGUGGUGUCGCGAGAGGCCAUUGCUGGUUUGUCCACAAAUCGUCCGAUUCCCCUGGGCUCGCAUGCGAGUCGACCAAGGAUGGCCUGGUCGGCCUUCCGACUUAGGAUAGCGUCGCUGUGUUAUGUAUAUUUGACUUGUUGUGCCUCGCUGGCCGCUCAGAAUUGUCCCUCCGGCGCCGUCGAUUCGACUUCUUGACGAUGUCAGGCAGGAUUCGCACUGUCUUGCAGCAGCACGGACUCGAUGAACUCGCUCUGUCGGCUCCUCUUGAGGCGACGUUGUUUGGACCGUGCACGGUGUGCGAGCUCUCGUCCGGCAUUUUGGUUGCCAACUAGACAAACAGCACUGUUGUUCUCGACGCACCCACGACAAGGACCUUCACGUGGUUGCCGCGGACCGCUGCGAUCGUGAGAUUUCAUCGAUUCCAGACUCGUUCAAACAUCGUGACCGAAACAACCACCGCGCUGAACAUGCCGAACAAGCACGUCAUGUCCGGGCAAGCCAGUUACCUGUCCAUGUAAAAGCAGUCCCAUGACCCGUUCUUUAGCAUCGGCACCAGCGAAACCACCUGUACAAUCACCAUCUCAACAACGUCGCUGUCACCGCCGACUAUGACGCCAGCGAGGCACUCAAAGCGACGACUAUCUCUGGCCCCUUGCGUUUCCUCCAUACUCGAACGAGAGAGCGCCGCCGCUUGGGAAGGAGGCGCGAUCUUUC